UGGUAUCCUGAUGAUUUACUGAUUUGCCAGGUUGAUUCACUCCCCGAGAAGCCAAAAAGGUCUGUGCUGAACCAGCUGACACGCACCCUGCUGCGCCACUAUGACUGCGGGAUCCGGCCUGUCCUUAACUGGACCAGUCCUACAACAAUCUACAUUGACCUCAUUAUCCAGUCUGUGCUGGAUGUGGAUGGACAGAUGCAGAAAGUGACCACAAGCAUAUGGUAUCGCCAGAUCUGGAAAGAUGAGUUUCUUGUGUGGGAUCCUGAAGAAUUUGAUGGCAUCACAGAAAUAUCACUUUCCUCAGAUGCCAUCUGGGUGCCUGACGUCAUCAUCAGUGAAUUUGUGGAUGCAGGCAAAUCCCCUGUAAUCCCUUAUGUGUAUGUAAACUCAUCUGGGGUGGUGAAAAACUACAAACCCAUCCAGGUUGUCUCAGCCUGUGACCUGGAGAUUUAUGCUUUCCCCUUUGACAAGCAGAACUGCACUCUGACCUUCCGCAGCUGGCUCCACUCUGUGGGUGAGCUGGAUCUGGCUCUUUUGAGGAACCCUGAGGAAAUUGAAACUGACACCCGAGAGUUCAUGAACAACGGGGAAUGGGAGCUGCUCUCGGUGCCUUCUCAUUACUGGAAGCUCAACUUGGCUAACAAGGAUUACGCCCACAUCCAAUUUAAUGUACUAAUCCGCCGGCGCCCCCUGCUGUAUGUGGUCAGUGUUCUCAUCCCCAGCAUCUUCCUCAUGUUGGUGGAUGUUAUCAGCUUUUACCUGCCACCAAACAGUGGCACCCGCAUCACCUUCAAAACCAGCAUUCUGCUUGGGUACACCGUAUUCAGAGUUAACAUGAUGGAUGAAAUCCCAGCAACAGCCAUCAAAACACCUCUGAUUGGUGCUUUCUUUGCGGUUUGCAUGGCCCUUCUGGUGCUAAGUUUGGCAAAGUCCAUUUUUGUGGUGAAGCUCCUGCAUCACAGCCAGGAAGAGGUGAAGGAAAUGUCCAUCUCUGCCUGCUUACUGCACAAGUAUGGUUCAACUGAGCAGAGCUUCAGUGAGAGUCUCUUCACAUCUGUGAGGACGUUGGAUGAUAUAGAUCAUUCAGGAGGCUAUGAGUAUGAUCUCUCUCCUGAGCCGGACCUGUUGUCUCUGACAGAACCCCUUUCUGGUCCACCACAGCUGGAGAAAAUCCUGCAGGAACUCAUCACCCUCAAACUUUUCCUUCAGGAGGAUGAGAAUGAUGGAAUGGCUCAGACAGACUGGCUCGCUCUCUGUUACAAAGUGGACAAGCUGCUUUUUCGCAUUUACCUGCUCAUCUUUAUUAUUUACUCCAGCACUCUCCUCCUGCUUUGGAGCAGCUGGAGUUCAGUUUAAAGUGCCAAUACAGUAGUGCGGACAAUACAGAAAGGACUAAAUAAUCUGUGAUGAAUGCACACUGAGAAUGAUCCAUAAAAUGUUAUUAUAAUACCGUUUCUUUCAUCAAAAUUUUGCAUUCAAUAUGAAUAUAAGGAUUGAAAUAAAGUGAUUCAUAAAUUGAAAAUAAUAAAAUCAAGUACUUUAUAGCAUUUCAUAAUAAACAUGUCAAAACAAAACAUGAUAUUAUAAAAAAAUUGAAAGGAAAUGAUUGAACAAAUGAAUAACAACAUCCCAUAGAUCCCACAUGGGACUUACUGAGACAUCCAUGAACACUGAUGAUUGUCGUGACCUGAAUUAGAUUAUCCCCUAAAAAAUCUUUAUUGCUGUUAUUGUAAAAUUUAUUGUCACUUGUAAGUCAGGCCUUUGUCCAAACUUUACAUCUAUCUGUCAGCUUGUAUACAA